UCUUCUUUCUCUUGCAUCUGUCGCCUUCAGUUGCGACUUUCCGCCACUUGCACCCUCUCUUUCUCUUGUUUCGUGUAUAAAUAAACAUUAUAUCAUAGCCUCUUCUUUUGGGUUAUGAAUCAAAUUGCUGCUAUAAAGGACCCAGAGGAGGGUUCCGAGAAGAAGAAGAAGAGCAAUGAAGCAAUAAGUGGCGAAGAAAAAAAAGAGGAUCCAAUGGAGCAGGAAAUGGAAUCACUCACCCCUGCCACCGUCUUUUGCAUUAGGCUCAAGCAACCCAAGUCCAAUUUGCUCUACAAAAUGAGUGUCCCUGAAAUUUGUCGCAAUUUCAGUGCUGUUUCCUGGUGUGGAAAACUGAAUGCUAUAGCUUGUGCUUCUGAAACGUGUGCAAGGAUUCCAAGCUCAACCGGAAAUCCACCAUUUUGGAUCCCUAUACAUAUUGUGAUCCCAGAGAGGCCGACUGAAUGUGCAGUAUUCAAUGUCAUUGCAGAUUCUCCUCGUGAUUCUGUCCAGUUCAUCGAAUGGUCCCCCACCUGCUGUCCUCGUGCAUUAUUGGUAGCAAAUUUCCAUGGGAGAGUAACUAUUUGGACUCAACCGUCUCAAGGGCAAGCUAAUCUUGCACUUGAUGCUAGCUGCUGGUUGCGAGAGCAUGAGUGGCGGCAAGAUAUUGCAGUUGUUACGAAGUGGCUAUCAGGGGUCUCCCUGUAUAGGUGGCUUUCAUCUAAACCAAGUGGUCCUGCCAAUUCAAGGUCAACAUUUGAAGAAAAGUUUCUUUCACAACAAUGUCAAACUUCAGCUAGAUGGCCCAAUUUUCUUUGUGUCUGUUCUGUGCUUUCGUCAGGCUCUGUUCAACUUCAUUGGUCUCAGUGGCCUCCUCAGAAUGCAACACCACCCAAAUGGUUUUGCACUAGUAAAGGACCAUUGGGUUGUGGCCCCAGUGGCAUUAUGGCUGGUGAUGCUAUCAUUACAGACAGUGGUGCCAUGCAUGUGGCAGGUGUGCCAAUUGUUAAUCCAUCCACCAUUGUUGUUUGGGAGGUUAUGCCUGGGCCUGGUAAUGGUUUCCAAGUAAUUCCUAGAACAAGUACCAAUAAUGGUGUUCCACCUCCUCUUAGCUCACCCAACUGGACUGGUUUUGCACCUUUAGCUGCAUAUUUAUUUAGUUGGCAAGAUCAUCUAUUAUCUGAAGAAAAACAAGGGAAAAACCAGACAAACCAAAACCUUGGUGAUUCUAUACCACUUAACUGUUCACCGGUUUCAAAUUUUUCAGCAUAUGUGAGUCCUGAAACUGCAGCUCAAACUGCUGCAACCACUACAUGGGGUUCUGGUGUAACAGCAGUAGCUUUUGAUCCAACUUGUGGUGGUUCCGUGAUAGCUGUUGUGAUAGCUGAGGGACAGUACAUGUCCCCAUAUGAUCCAGAUGAGGGCCCAUCAAUCACAGGGUGGAGAGUGCAACUCUGGGAAUCAUCUUUACAGCAUGUUGUCCUUCAUCCAAUAUUUGGGAAUCCCACUUCCAGUAUGGGUGGACAGCCUCCUAUGCAAACUGUUUGGCAGACCAAAGUGGACCUGAGCAUUCCACCAACAAAUGAUUUCAAGAAUCAUCAAGCUCCAGCAGUUGGAAUGAACACUGACAUUCAAAAGGUAUCCGAGUUUGGUUUUGAUAAGUCAAAAAGGGUCAAUUUUGAUCCUUUUGAUCUUCCAAGUGAUGUUAGGGCACUUGCACGAAUUGUAUACUCUCCUCAUGGUGGUGAAAUUGCCAUUGCUUUUCUUCGGGGUGGAGUGCACAUCUUUUCUGGUCCAAAUUUUGCACCUGUAGACAACUAUCAGAUUAGUGUUGGAUCUGCAAUUGCUGCUCCUGCUUUUUCUUCAACAAGCUGCUGUUCAGCUUCUGUUUGGCAUGACCCAAGCAAAGAUCAGACAAUUUUGAAAAUAAUCCGGGUUCUUCCUCCUGCUAUUCCAACUAGUCAAGUAAAGACCAACUCAUCAAACUGGGAGCGUGCAAUUGCUGAAAGGUUUUGGUGGAGCCUUUUGGUUGGAGUUAAUUGGUGGGAUGCUGUGGGCUGUACACAGAGUGCUGCUGAGGAUGGUAUUGUUUCACUCAACAGUGUUAUCGCAGUCUUGGAUGCAGACUUCCAUUCUCUUCCUUCUGCUCAGCACAGACAACAGUAUUGUCCUAGUCUAGACAGGAUAAAGUGUAGGCUGCUUGAAGGGGCAAAUGCUCAAGAGGUCAGGGCAAUGGUUCUGGAUAUGCAAGCUAGGUUGUUGUUGGAUAUGCUUGGGAAGGGAAUUGAGUCUGCUUUGAUAAAUCCUUCAGCUUUAGUGCCCGAUCCAUGGCAAGUAUCUAGUGAGACAUUAACCAGCAUUGACCCUGAAGCAGUGGCUGUUGAACCUGCACUAGUUCCAUGUGUUCAGGCUUAUGUUGAUUCAGUUCUUGAUCUAGCUUCACACUUUAUCACCCGGUUGCGGCGUUAUGCAAGUUUCUGCCGUACAUUGGCAAGUCAUGCUGUAACUGCAGGGACGGGAAAUAACCGAAAUGUGGUAGCUAGUCCUGCCCAAUGUUCUGCAACUCCUGCAACAAGUCAGGGAGGUCAAAAUGGGACAACCAGUUCUAGUGGAAGCACACAGAUGCAAGCUUGGGUACAAGGGGCCAUUGCCAAGAUUAGUAGCACUACUGACGGAGUGUCCAACCCGGUUCCUAACCCCCCCAUCAGUGGUCCUUCGUCCUUUAUGCCCAUAAGCAUUAAUACAGGAACUUUCCCUGGAACACCUGCAGUUCGACUUAUUGGGGACUGUCAUUUCCUCCAUAGAUUAUGCCAACUGUUGCUCUUCUGUUUUUUCUUUCGACGAGCACAACAACCCCGCUAUGCGGGAGGUGUACAGAGAACUGCUGACACAAAUCUACAAAAACCUCAACCUAAUGCUUCUGUCCCUGGCAAGGUGGAGGAAAUUGCAAAACCAGUGUCAACUGUGGUUAGGCCAGAUGAUGGUCAGGCUGGUCGAGUUAGUCAACUUGUGCCUGCAUCAAAAGGAGGUGAAGAACCAUCUCCAGGGCGUUCAAGAAUUGGUACUGGAAAUGCUGGCCUAGGAUAUACAUAUGAAGAGGUCAAGGUUCUUUUUCUAGUACUUAUGGAUCUAUGUCGCCGAACUGCUGGCUUGCAACACCCGUUGCCAGUUUCUCAGGUGGGGAGUAAUAACAUACAGGUUCGGCUGCAUUAUAUUGAUGGGAACUACACUGUACUGCCUGAGGUUGUGGAAGCAGCCCUUGGCCCCCAUAUGCAGAACAUGCCCCGUCCUAGAGGUGCUGAUGCUGCUGGUCUUCUACUACGUGAGCUAGAACUCCAUCCUCCAGCUGAAGAGUGGCAUAGACGGAAUAUGUUUGGUGGACCUUGGUCUGAUCCAGAUGAUUUGGAUUCUGCAAAUGAUGCACCAAAACUUAUUAGUUUAAAUCCACUUGAUUCCAGCUCAUUGGAAAAUUGUGAUGUCUACUAUGGAGCCAAUGGCUUAUGGCCAAGGAAGCGCAGGAUGUCUGAACGAGAUGCAGCUUUUGGGUUGAACACUUCUGUGGGCCUGGGAGCAUACCUUGGUAUAAUGGGAUCUCGAAGAGAUGUUGUUACUGCAUUGUGGAAAACUGGCCUUGAAGGGAUCUGGUACAAGUGUAUAAGAUGUCUGCGGCAGACUUGUGCUUUUGCCUCACCAGCUUCCACCAAUCUUCCCAGUCAAAAUGACCGGGAGAUUUGGUGGAUCAGCCGCUGGGCUUAUGGAUGUCCAAUGUGUGGUGGAACAUGGGUUCGAGUUGUAUAGCUGGCUUCAAUACAAAAUUGUCAUUUGAGUUUCUCUUUUGGUGAGGGAAGAAUUGCUUGUAUUUUACCUGCAGAAACUGAAGGUGGAUGGAAUUGUACAGGAGAGGAGACAUGUAGAUUACCUGACAGGUUCUUUAUCAGUAUGUUGUCAUUAAAAGUGACCAAACGAACUUGGAUUUGAGUAUUAUUCUACUGAUCACUAUGUAAAGUUCCAAGAGUUAUCAACUAAUUCACCUAGAUCUCAAAUUUCUUUGGAAUUAUGAUCAUGUGAUUCGUGUUACACCGCCAAAAUUAGGUAUUAUCCUUGUGAUGUUUGUAGUUGCUCCUUCAACAUCUAUGGUUUAGGAUUUUUAACCCUUAAAAUUGACUUGAGUGCACCAUAUCAAGCACAACAUAUGGUGAUAUCAUGCAAGGCAUAUUAAUUUUCCUUUUACUCAUCACAAGUUAGUUGGAUGAUCAUUUGGUCAUAAUUUUUUUCUUUCA